AUGGAUUUGUACCUGGUUGGAUAUAUGAUGUGUGUGUGGUUGUCCAGCUGGCGGGUGCUUGGAGGUUAUCCCAUCUGGUGGUCCCUAGCCUUGGGGCAGCAGUACUCGUCUCUGGGCUCCCAACCCAUCCUGUGUGGCUCUAUCCCCGGCCUGGUGCCCAAGCAGCUGCGCUUCUGUCGCAACUACAUCGAGAUCAUGCCCAGUGUGGCCGAGGGCGUGAAGCUGGGCAUCCAAGAGUGCCAGCACCAGUUUAGGGGGCGCCGCUGGAACUGCACCACCAUCAAGGACAACCUGGCCAUCUUCGGGCCCGUGCUGGACAAAGCCACCAGAGAGUCGGCGUUCGUCCACGCCAUCGCCUCUGCGGGCGUGGCAUUUGCUGUAACGCGGUCCUGCGCUGAGGGCACGUCCACAAUGUGUGGCUGUGAUUCCCACCACAAGGGUCCCCCGGGGGAGGGAUGGAAGUGGGGCGGCUGCAGCGAGGACGCUGAGUUCGGGGUGCUGGUGUCCAGAGAGUUUGCCGAUGCCAGAGAGAACCGGCCCGAUGCACGCUCUGCUAUGAACCGGCACAACAACGAGGCAGGACGCACGACCAUCCUGGACCACAUGCACCUUCGCUGUAAAUGCCAUGGCCUGUCUGGCAGCUGCGAGGUGAAAACAUGCUGGUGGGCACAGCCCGACUUCCGCAUGCUGGGUGACUACCUGAAAGACAAGUAUGACAGCGCCUCGGAGAUGGUGGUGGAGAAGCACCGCGAGUCGCGCGGCUGGGUGGAGACGCUGCGCGCCAAGUAUGCCUUCUUCAAACACCCCACGGAGCGUGACAUGGUCUACUACGAGGGCUCACCCAACUUCUGCGAGCCCAACCAGGAGACGGGCUCGUUCGGCACCCGCGACCGUGCCUGCAACGUGUCCUCGCACGGCAUCGAGGGCUGCGACCUGCUCUGCUGCGGCAGGGGCCACAACACCCGGACUGAGAAGCGAAAGGAGAAGUGCCACUGCAUCUUCCACUGGUGCUGCUACGUCAGCUGCCAGGAGUGUGUGCGCGUCUACGACGUACACACAUGCAAGUGA